ACACAGAACCAUAAAAGAAACAGUAGUAUCGUUUCACAAUAGUAAAAAAAUAAAGUGUAACUAUUUGCUUAAUUUUAAACACUACUUUGUUACUUUUAUAGUUUGUUACAGUGAGCCCCUUUUUUUCUUCGCUUUUUCCUUUUUUUGAUGUGUACUUCCGCGUAGUGUGUGUGUGUGUGUGUGUGUGUUUUUUCUCUCUCUCUCACUGACACUCGGCAACUUUCGAACAGGAAACCCAUUAGAACGCUACGGCCGUCGUUUUCUCUAUAUUAGCCGACAGUUCACACGCCACACGGACAGUUUCUGCUUCUGUUUAACCACUUGGACUCUCUGUCAGGAGCUUCGUGUGUGCAGACAGUUGGAGAAAACUUCUUCAGCAGGGUUUGUUUGGAGCUCAGCGCUCUAAGCCAGCCAUGAGCAUCAUCGGGGCUGAAGACGAGGACUUCGAGAACGAUUUAGCAGAUUCAGCAGAUGACAAAUGCCCACACUUCGACAGCAUCGACUUGUUGAAGAAACGGCCAACUCACCUGCUGGUGUUCAUGCAGCAUGUCAUUCUCCAGUUUGACCCUGCGCCCUUGUUGUGCUAUCUUCACGCUGACAUCGUGAAGAACCUCAAUGCCAGAGACACCAAGAAACAGUUUCCAGAGUUCUACAACAACUUCCUGGAGAAGGGUGCUAUUCUCAGAGUGUCGAUGCCAUCCAGUUUAUCCUUUGAAUUGGACCGAACUCGCCCAGAAUUGCUGUCAGAUGACACCCAAAGGCGUUACGCUGCAGAUGUCCAGAAAUUUCAAACUGCAGAAGUAGCCAAACAGCUGGAAGAUUUCAGGCAAAAAAGGAUGAUGGGUAUGACCCUCUGUGAGGAGCAGGUGAUGGACGUGGAGAAUCACUAUCCCACUGACCGCGUCCCGUUGGAAAUGAAGGAGAAGUCUGUGGCCGAGAAUCUGUUGGAGAAGAUGUUUGAUUCACAACUUACUUUUGUCCCAGAUGAGGAUAAGUGCCAAGCCGUCUUUUCUGCAGUGGCUGCCUACAUGAAGCACCUUGAAGUCAAAAACAGGGCAGGAGAUAGUAAAAAGUCCAAAAGAGGUUUCCCUUGGAUUAAGCAGAAGAAUCAUGAUCCUCAGAAAUCCAAGAUUCGGGGGUUCCAUGUUCCCACCUGGAUUGGAGGCAGCACAGUCGAAGGCAAACCAAAAGAUCCUGAAGUGGACAAAGAUCCUAAGGGAAGGGAAAUUAAAGGGGUUUCUGGCAGAGGCUCGUUGACCGAAACUCCAGUUCCUUCCGCCAAAAAACCUGAAAACACAGCCUCAGCGCCAAAUGCGGAGCCUGCCGGCAACAACUUGACCCCCACCACCACAGAGCCCACCCCAGCCGAUGGUCUCUCAGGUCUCGGUUCCUUAGAGCUCCCCUCGCCGCCAGACGGACCCCUUCCAGAGAUCGGACCCGGGGUUUCUGUCGUUGAGCACAGCUCCCCCCACGACACUCACCCAGAGGAGUCGGACAGAGAAAGACGGAAGCCAAGCAGGAAAGUAGGACGCAGCGAGAGCGCCCGCGUGGACCGGCACUCGUCUCGGCGUCGUGGCUCUUCUCGUAAACAGUCUCGCUCCCGUAGCGACGUGGACCUGCAGCCUCCGUCUUCUGCAACAAGUCCUGCCCCGCUGUCCCCGCAGCACCUCCAUCCUUUGGAUGGACCAGCUUUCCCUUCUGAAGUGCCUGGCCAGCCCCCGACAAGCCCGUCCCCACAGUUGGAGGAGAUUGACCCCCGCCUGCAGGAGUUGGAGCAGGACCCGCCCAGCUGGAGGGUGCAGGCGUCUUCUGACACCUUAAAGAACCUCGGCAAGAAGGAGACCAAGAGGCAGGAAGUCAUAAACGAGUUGUUUGCCACAGAGCAUGCCCACGUGAGAAUGCUGAGUGUCCUUCAGUGGGUGUUCGCCAAGCCGCUGGAGAGGGAGGAAAUCCUCUCUGCCCUGGACCUUGAGACCAUUUUCCCAAGCCUCGAGGAAAUCAUUGACAUGCACUAUACCUUCUAUGAAAGCCUGAAGAAACUGCGUGUCAGUGACAACUACGUUGUUAAAAACAUCAGCCCCACAUUGCUCAACAGGUUUGGUGGGCCCGAAGGAGAAUGGUUUCAGAAACUGACGGCCAGAUUCUGCAGUUACCAGACCUAUGCUCUGGACCAGAUCAAGCAAAGACAGAAGAAAGACGCUCGCUUUAACGCUUUUAUACAGGAGGCAGAGAGUAAACCCCAGUGCCGCAGACUGCAGCUCAAAGACAUUAUUCCCACAGAAAUGCAGAGGCUAACAAAGUAUCCACUGUUGCUGGAAAACAUUGCAAAGAACACAGAGGAAAAAGAGGAGAAGGAGUCGAUCCAGCAAAGCGCAGAGUGCUGCAGAAAGAUCCUCAACCAUGUCAAUGAAGAGGUCAAAACAAUGGGGAACAUGUUGACUCUAAAGGAGUACCAGAAAAAACUGGACACAUCGGGGCUGAAAGCCAGUGUUGAGCUUUAUGCUGAAUAUAAGAGCAUUGACUUGACUCAGAGGAAGAUGCUUUUUGAAGGUCCGCUGGUCUGGAGAGUCACCAAAGAGAAGGCUAUCGAUGUGCAUUGCCUGCUGCUGGACGAUAUGCUGGUUCUUGCACAGAAGCAGGAGGACAAGAUGUUGCUAAAAUGCCAGAGUAAAAGUAACAUGACUGCACAGGAGGGCAAGCAGAUGCUGAGCCCAAUUAUAAAGCUGGACUCUGUUUUCCUCCGUGAAGUGGCAACAGAUCGGAAGGCUUUUUAUGUGAUAUUCACAUGGGACAGUGGUGCUCAGAUCUACGAGCUGGUGGCUCAGUCUGUUGCAGAAAUGAAAACUUGGCAUGAUAUAAUAAAGUCAACGGUUGAAGUUCUGAAGAAGAAUGGGACACCCAUGCGGUUAUCUAUUCCUCAUGGAGUUGGGGUGACUCCUCUCAGUCCCACCACGCUCAUUGCCCCGUUGAAUCCAUCUGAGAAUGGAAGUUUAAGAGGCAGCAGUGACCAAGAAAGGGACAGUGUGACAGGUCACACCGCUGUCCAUGGAGGGCUCAAGCUGAUAGAGAUGUUGACCGACAGGGGCUUCGUUCAUGUGCUGGAUCACUCCAGCAGGAACCAGGAGAAGGUGGCUGACGGCGCUUUGGAUGAAGUCAUGUCACUGAAAAGACUGCUGAUCGGCAGCAUCAGUCUGUCAGAGGACUCGCAGCCCGAGGAAGAACACGAAGAGGAGCAACCGGAGAAGCCUUCUGAUGAAACGGAGGCCCCUCAGCCAGCAGAAGAAAGCGAGUGUACGGACAGCGGAUACAUGCAGGUGAACGCCAGUCCUUCUACGAAGGAAGAUGGAGCAAAACAAGAAGAUGAAGACGGGAGCAUCAGUGCCCCUCUGGUCUUGUCCCAGGAGAGAAGGGACGAAGUAUGCAGGAGGCUGGACAGCCUGCUGCAAAUGAUACAGAGACUACAGGCUGUGGAAGAGGAGCAUCACAAGCUGAGCGAGGUCCUUUCUGAGUUCUCGCUGGAAGGCGCCAACUUCCAGUAAGAUGCCACUUUGCCACCUGCUGGCGACAAGGUUUUCUUCUGGCUCUUGUUCAGAACAACGUUACUUUCAGAGGCUUCCCUGGAACUUCCCAACCCCCCUCCCCUCUUCAAAAAAAACUUCUUGCCUGGAUCCAAGCUGUCACUAUUAUAUCUUUGUAUCAGAGCUGUUUGCUGCCAAAGCAGGAAGUUUUCCGUCUGCCAGAGGAGUGUAGUGGCUUUGUGCUCAGUGAUGGAGCGUGUGUGUGUGUGUGUGUGUGUGUGUGUGUGUGUGUGCGCGUGUGCGUUUGUCUGUUUGGGUGCAUGUUUGAAACAAAGGUAUGGAAUGGAGGAAAAGGAAAAAAGAGGAGAUAUCCUGCUUUUGAGUGGGAGGUUGUUUUUGCAGAGAGGUGCCAAAAGUAAUGAAGCAAUAUUUUGGUGUGAGAGACGUGCUGCCUAUUGAAAUGUAAUCUUUUCUUUCUGCUGUAACACACAUAUGCACACCCGAGACAUGUAUGCUGGAACAUAAUUGACAGUAAUGCCAAGAAUAGCAAUGUACAGGAAAAACAAACCCUCAAAGGGUAAUGUAGCAAUAGAAGGAUUAUUAGAAAAAUAAAAAAAAAAAACUGCUGGUAUGUAUUGUUUCUAGUUUAUGCCAAAGUACAACAAAGAUGCACUUUUUUUCCCCCUGAUCAAGACGAGUUAAAAACACACUGUAACCACAAAAUUUCUUAUUUAAACUCUGCUCCAGCACGUGUUUUUCAUCAGUUGGGCUUCAUGUAAGCAGCCCUCUGUAUCGGAAGGAUGCAUGCAAGAAAGUGUGUGUAUGUGUGUUACCGGGUUUUUAAUUUGAGAACGUGUUUAUUAUUUGGAAUUUCCUUUCUGUUAUUCUCAGUAAAACAUUUAUGAAUAGCGGCACUAUAGGCAAUCAUGCUGUUGAUAAUGGAGUCGUGUUUGUAUGUACUGCUUUUAUUUAUUCCUCUGAGGAUUUUUUUUUUUUUUUUAGGUCAGUGAGUUGCCUCAUCUUACUGAUACUGUUACAACACUGGGCCAGGUUGAGGCGAGAGCGGCGUGCAAAAGGUUGGACAAGGCUGCAGAAGGAAUUCUGGGAUAUGUAAUGCACAUCAAAGGUGGAAAGAGAGAAAACACACAGGCCUGUGAAGAAUGUUUGGAGGUUUUUUUUUUUUUUAUAUUUUUGGCUUUGGAUAGUUUGAUAGAAGGUCACGGAGAGGACCGCAGAGAGAACCUGAGUUUAGAAUUUGCGCUGAUGAAAUCUGAACUCAUACCUGAAAAGCGCCCAGAAACUUCAGACUCGUUCACAAACGCGCCGUUUCUGCAGCAUCGAGAGUUUGCAACUUCUGAUCCGAAACAUGCUUCAGUUGGGGUUAAGGUUUGUAUUAUAUGACAUUAGAUGCGUAUAUUAUUCGUUAUAAAGUCCCAACUAGCGAUAUUUGUAUCAACGCUUUUCCUGCCUUUGUAUUUUACUCAGCAGUUGAUUGUAAUUAUAAUUGUUGUAGUAUAAUUCCUCGGUAGCGGCAUGAUUGAGACUGUGCACACAGGACCAAAGACAUAACAAAGCACAUUUGAGAGUGGCAAAAGUGUUUUUCAAUAAAUAA